CGAGGACGACGCGCGAGGCCACCUGGUCGGUGAAGAAGCCGACCGAUCGUGCCGGGGUUGAAGUAGAGGCGCACGGGGUCGACUGCGGCGGUGGGCGACGCAAACCGAUCAAGAUUAGAUCGGAAAACCAAAAAAAAACCGACGAUCAAGAUAACCAGCGGAAGAGAGAAAACCCCAAAAGAAGUGCUCGGGGAAACAUUAUACUCAACAAUAGACACCUAGUAGUCCAUGAAAAAUACUCAUCUCGGUGCCGCAGACGAGUACGUCGAAGCUGCCAAAUUCUGCCAUUCCGUCCAUGCAUUCUCCUUAAUUGACUAGCAUGUUGACUAAAGCUCAGUAUCUACUACAACGUGCCAGGUUCAAUUUCCCCAUGCGGUGUUAGCUUCAGUCACAAAUUAACAAUCCAUGCAUAGAGUUAGCCAGGUAGGACAACAAAGAUGCAUGUAUCUUGGCAAUUUUGUGCGCUAAGCAUAGACACCCCUUCUAGCUCUAUGUCAACAUGAUGGGUCUCUGGUCCAACGUUCCAGCUCUUUCUUUAUUCUUUCCAUCAGAAGAAAAAAUAUUCCUAGCUAGCCACAAAACCUCGCCCUGGUCAAAAGUCUCACUCCACCCCCUCGUGCUCACCCAGUCUCACUAACGCGUUGCCAACUUGCCAUGCACUCACACUGUGAAACGGACUCCUCACUUGUUCUUUACAGUUUAAACUCAAAGAUGCACAUCAAGUACACAGAAGGUACAAAUCGACCGAUAUAUUCCGCUGGUGUUUCUCUCCCAUAUAUAGCUAUCAAGAGCUUGCAAGCAGCCUGACACCCUCACUAGCCUAGAAAACACAACGGCAAAACAUAUGGAUCUCAGCAAGAACUGCGACCAUGGCCUCGCGGAGAUCGAGGCGCUGCUCCGGCGGGAGCAGGAGCUCGUGACGCAACUCCGGGCGCUCAUCCUUCCACAACUCCACAACGUGGAUAGCGGGUCGGCCGAGCUCGCCGUCCAGCUCUUCGACGACGUGAUCGGCUGCAGCACCAGCGUCGUAUCUAAGCUCUUCACUGCUGGAAGUGGAGCGACCACCGAGCUCAUCGACGACAAGUCCUUAGUGAGGAAGAACAGCACUAGUACUGCUGCUGCUAUCGACGACAAGAUGGACGAACAGGCGAGGCCUAGUUGCGUCGUUGGUCGAAAGAGAAGGAGGAACGAUAGCAAGCGAUCAAGAUCACUCGUGACCAAUGUUCCACAUUAUGAUGGUCACCAGUGGAGAAAAUAUGGGCAGAAGAACAUCAACGGAAGGCAACAUGCUAGGAGCUACUACAGAUGCACCUACACAGAACGGAACUGCUCAGCAACUAAGACAGUUCAGCAACAAGAUCAAGAUGGCGGCGGUUCUAUUUAUUCCGCAGACGCUGGUGAGGAUCAGGGUGCAAAGUACACUGUCGUGUACUACGGUGAUCACACAUGCAAGGCGGGCGACAACAUCAGUAACGACAUUAUCGAUCAUCUGCCCAAUCUUGUAGAUAUAGAUCUUCGGAGGGGCGAAACAGAGCGAGUAACGGCAGAAAUUUCAGAGUUCGAGAUGGAAUUAGAUGUGCCGGCUCUGCUAGAGGUGUUAAACAAUUCUCAGCUGAAUUGGGAGAUCGUAUGCUAGCCAGUUAGCAGAGAUAUUUGUUUAACUUAAGCAUGUUUGGGUGAGUGCUCAAAUUGGAUGGUAAAUUAUUUCAAU